ACUGUACUUUACGAGACAGACAGAAGCCAGGCCAUUCUUGAAUAGCAAGCUAACUUACAAACUAUGUGGCUAUCAGCAGCAGCUAUGCUUGCUUUUUUGAAACAGUCACGUAUCUUAACAAUGGCGUUAAAUGCCAACCAGUCUUAGCUAGCCGUCAAAGUAUAGUCGAUACAAUAGCUAAUCAUCAUUAGCAUGUUGACCUAAAUUAGCUAGCCUGAUAUCUAACAUGCUAGCUACACUAUAGUGGAUAGCUAGCCAGCUACUCCUUAUCAGCAUACGCACACACACAAGCUAGCCAGUAGCUAGUAACUGGUGGUGGUGUUCGGUGGACGAUGCACUCUGGUCCCUCGCGCAGCUAGCUAGCGCUCUUUCCUUUUGGAAAACAAUGGCAUGCACUGUUUUGAAAAGCAAACCCGAACCAUAGGGGAUUUUUGACGUAGCUUGGCGUUGUUGAGCGAACGGGUUUUUGCACGUUAUUUUCUCUUAGGUUGGCAGGAUUUUUACACCAGCUAUCGUGCAUAGCUGUAUAUUAUUGUCUUUCUUCCCCUGAAAAUGUUGUAGUGCGAGGCGCUGUCUGCCAGCUCAACAUUCGCUGCAUGUAUAGCUUGCUAAGCUCCGUUUUUUUCUGCGUUCGGGGGGCUUCAACCAGCUAGCUCCACAGUGGCUAGCUGCAUUUAUUCGCUAGCUUAAUCGUUUUAAUUGAUAUAAUAAUAUUGACACCACUGUAAAUCGCACGUGAAUGUAGAACCGCAUUCGAGUAUUUUUAGCGCAGCUAUUUGGUAAUAGUACCUAUCAGGCAGUGGUGUAUGAUUUGCGCUGGAGACUACUUUGUUAGCUAGCGAGCUAGCUAAUUGUGCUGUAUUCGAUUGAGGAAAACAGCGAGGUUUCUUUGAAAGUAUGGAUGACCAGACUAGAAUGCUGGCGGGUCUCACCGGACUCGGUGGAUUAUCGCAAGCCGAUGUGGGAGAUCCAGACUCGGUCAGGAAACAGCAGUCACUUGGCCAGCCUCAACAAGACAUUGGGGAUAUUUUACAGCAGAUCAUGGCCAUCACCGAUGAAAGCCUCGACGAGGCGCAGGCCAGGAAACACGCGCUGAACUGUCACAGAAUGAAGCCUGCGCUCUUCAGCGUUCUCUGCGAGAUCAAAGAGAAGACAGUGCUGAGCAUCCGGGGGGUGCAGGAGGAGGACCCGCCGGACCCCCAGAUCAUGCGCCUGGACAACAUGCUGCUGGCCGAGGGCGUGUCCGGCCCCGAGAAGGGCGGGGGCUCGGCGGCGGCGGCGGCCGCUGCGGCGGCGGCGGGGGGCUCGCCCAACGACGGCAGCAUCGAGCACUCCGACUACAGGGCCAAGCUGGCCCAGAUCCGCCAGAUCUACCACUCCGAGUUGGAGAAAUACGAGCAGGUAAGGCUCGCCGCGAGUUCACCCAACCACGUGAUGAACCUGCUGAGGGAGCAGUCGCGCACGCGGCCCAUCUCGCCCAAGGAGAUCGAGCGCAUGGUGGCCAUCAUCCACCGCAAGUUCUCCUCCAUCCAGAUGCAGCUGAAGCAGAGCACCUGCGAGGCCGUCAUGAUCCUGCGCUCGCGCUUCCUGGACGCCAGGCGCAAGAGGCGCAACUUCAACAAGCAGGCGACGGAGGUGCUGAACGAGUACUUCUACUCCCACCUGUCCAACCCCUACCCCAGCGAGGAGGCCAAGGAGGAGCUGGCCAAGAAGUGUGCCAUCACCGUCUCUCAGGUCUCUAAUUGGUUCGGCAACAAGAGAAUUCGGUACAAGAAGAACAUUGGUAAGUUCCAGGAGGAAGCGAACCUCUACGCAGUAAAAACAGCGGUGGAUGCUGCCAGUGUGUCGGCGCAGGCUAGCCAGGCUAACUCCCCGGCGACGCCCAACUCAGGGUCGUCGGGGCCUUACAGCUUGUCUCACACAGGCGACGCCUACCUCGGCCUGCGCUCGGUCAACGGGGAGUCUCUCAACAUCGCCCCCUCUCUUCAGCCGCAGGUGGAUACCCUGCACCGUGCUACACACCUGAUGGGCGGCUAUGAGGAGCUGUCCGCUAGCACGCUCUUCACCCCGCACCCCCUGGACGCCAACAGCAGCAGCUGGCAGGGCCCCACCAACCCUUCCUCGGUCACCUCUCCACCGGCUCCCCCCGGCAGCGUCCACUCCGACACGUCUAACUAAGACCCCCCCUCGACGGCCCCCUUCACUCCACACGCUCCCGCCACAUUCCCCCUUUCGUCCCCCUCCUCCGUCCCCUUCAACCCCUCCCGCCCCACCUGGGCUCUCUGCUCCUGAAGCCAGCCUGGACCCAGUUACACUCUGCCCCCUAUCUACCACUCUCCGAAGCCGGACUGGGAUCCACCAACCCAGGCAACAUGUCGAUCUCACUCACACACACACACACACACACACUUGUCACCCACCGGACAGCUGAAGGGAAGAUGGAAGGGACUAGUCUUCCACCCUGCGGUGUGUUUGUGCUGGAGGGGAUUGGACCUCCCCGGGGGGGGGGGGGGCUGUGUCUGGGUCAUGAUGUCUGCACAUCAUGACCCUCGUCGCCCGUGCACACGCACGUCGACAGUCCCACACCGUGUCCCGCAGCCCGUCCCCGUCGUACCGACCUCCGCACUCCACCCCUUCCAAAGGGGCCGACCCCCUUCAGCUCUGGAAAACUGUGAUUCAGCUCAUUCCCCCCCCCCCUCCCUCCCUCCCUCCCCCAUGAAGCAUUGACUAUGACACGUGACACUGGUUACACACUCUAGCCAGUCACCAAGGUGACCUCGGGUCACCAGGGAGCUCUGCUCACCUUGCUUGUACCAAAGUGCUGCCCACCUCCCUCCCCCAACCCCCGCCCCCUCCAAUAGUUGUCACCCCCCUCCUGUUCCUCAAGGAACAACCUCCUGGCAACUACACGCAAAGACACUGUUGUAUCUUCCAUCCUUUGACUGCUUGAUGUUUCAUUUUAGUGAGGAUUUUUACGUGAGAUAGAUAUAUAUAGAGAUAUAUAUAUACAUAGAUAUAUAUAGCUCAGAUAUGCACAGAUGUGAGCACACGCCCUCCCACUUUGAGCUCCUUUUUAGGGAAGUAGACACGCGCAAUCUGUCAAGCACAAACUUCAGGCAUCUCGACACAGGUGCAGCUAUCUGGUUAGAGAGAGCUGUGGGAGAUCACGCUAGCAGACUGCUGACUCUGAGCCUGGCGGAGCUGGAGGAUGGUGGUGGUGGGGGGGGAGAGGGAGAGAGGGCAGAGGAGAGAUGGGAGGGAUCUCCCUAGGCUUGGGGGAGGUUGUCACCAACAGCCCCUUCGUGGGUAGUCAUCAUAAGGUUU